AUGCUCUCCGGGUUCCGCCCGACUGCGGGCCGCUAUUCGGGUCCUCAUCGAGCAUAUCUGGGAGUCUUGCGAUUCCAGAGAGUUGCAGGAUGCUGUUAUCAUACUGAUGGCCGAAGCCGGAUAUCCAAUUUCUGGAUUCCGACUGGUGGCAUCUCGAAGAAGAAGGUCACGGGAGAAAAAGAGGAUGCAAAUGAUCUUUUGGUCAGAGGUGGCUUUCUGCGACAGGCUUACUCGGGCAUUUUCCACAUGCUACCUCUGGGACUUCGUGUCCAAGAUAAGCUAGAGCGUCUGAUCGAUAAACACAUGCAAUUGAUUGGAGCCUCCAAGGUCUCUUUAUCGUCCAUAUCCGCCCAAGAGCUUUGGGAGCGAUCCGGACGUUUGACGGAGAGUUCCGAGGUAUUCAGAUUUUUUGACCGCAAAAAGUCUCGCUUUCUUCUUGCUCCUACUCACGAAGAAGAAAUCACUACCCUGGUUGGGAGUCUCACCAAAUCUUACCGCGAUCUGCCUCUACGGGUAUAUCAGAUCUCGAGAAAGUACAGAGAUGAACCAAGGCCCCGACAAGGCCUCCUUCGUGGGCGUGAAUUCAUCAUGAAGGAUCUCUACACGUUCGACCACAGCGUGGAGGAGGCGCUGAAGACAUACUCAUCGGUCAAAGCCGCCUACACGGAUCUUUUCAACGAACUCAAAGUGCCCUACUUGGUUGCUGCUGCAGACUCGGGUAACAUGGGUGGGAACAUGAGCCAUGAGUUCCACUUUCCCAGCGCGAAAGGCGAGGACACGAUCAUUAGCUGCACUAGCUGCGACAGUGUCUAUAAUGAAGAGUUGGCGGACGGGAGGGCCCAUGGCCCUGAGCAGACAUCUCAGGCCGCCUCACCGGAUGGGUUUGACACCGAAGCAAGAUCCAUCAACGCGGCACCCACCGUUUCAACGGAUCUCUGGAUGGCUAUUUCCAAGGACAAGCAAACCUUAAUCCGGGGCUGGUACCCAAAAUUCUCCAUGCAGGACGCAAGCCAGGAGCCUGUGGAACGAGAGGUCAAUUCCCACGCUGUCAAAUCCGUCGCGACCGCAGCAGGCAUCGAUCUCGAUCUUAGCGUCGAGAACCCCUUGGAACAGUGGACGGAACAGAUCAAGUCUGCCAAGGCAUCGAUCGACUCUUCCUACCGACCGCGGGUCUUGGAUAUGUACGAUUCCCAGGUGCGCGUGUACAAACGGCCUCCCCUGAGUGAUCUGCUCCAGCAGGUGAACUGCAAGGCAGAUGAUGUCGACUACUCAAUGCUCGACCGGUUCCCCGAGACGACCAGCGGUAUCAACCUAGUCAAGAUGCACGAGGGAGAUAAAUGUAGCCAGUGUACUCAGGGACACAUGAAAACGCACACUGCCAUCGAGCUCGGCCACACCUUCCACCUCGGCACCCGAUACAGCGAGGUUCUCCAAGCAUCCGUCAUGGUUGAUCAAGCACACACUGGCGGUGGCGUCUCGGAGGACCAGAACGUGCACAUGCAGAUGGGCUGUCACGGCAUCGGCGUCUCCCGCAUGAUCACCGCAGUCGCCGACAGCCUCGCGGACUCCAAGGGUCUCAACUGGCCGCGCGCCAUGGCCCCUUACGAAGUCAUCGUCGUCCCGGCCAAGGGUCUACAAGAAGAAGCCGAGAAAGUGUACGAUGUUCUCAGCGCGAAGGGUCCCGACGCCCCGAUCGAUGUCAUCCUCGACGAUCGCGACAAGCAAAUAGGUUGGAAACUCGGCGACGCCGACCUAAUCGGAUACCCAGUGAUCGUGGUCGUAGGUAAGGGAUGGAAGGAACAGCAGACCUUGGAGGUGCAAUGUCGUCGACUGGAUAAUUUGAGAGAAAACGUGCCACUAGACCGACUGUCCGAGUUUGUCAAAUCCUUACUGGACCGACUAUAG